AUGAUGCAGCAUCAGGAGGAGGCCCAGGAGGUGCCAGCGUACGUCCGGUUAAAGUUCUUUGGCGAAGGACGAGCGUGUGCGAAAGCCCCUCCAAUCAGGGGAACUUUCAAAGAUGUUCAGAUCAGGACAAAGACCAUGGAGGAAUUGUCAGAGGCGGUGGUGCAAUGGCUAGGUUGCCCGGGUGCCUGGUGCCUGGCGACUGUGGCUAAUUGGCCACUGACGCUGGACGCUUUGCGCAGCCCGACCUCCGCGCAGUGCCCAUUGGUGGUGCAUGUUUGGAAUAGCCAGGAGAAACUUGCCAAAGACCUGACCACGCUUGGCGAAAAAGUUGCCGAGGUUGAACCCAGAUGGCACGAAACGGUGGAGGCCUCUGUCCCUUCCAAAGGAUGGUUCGACGCGUUGCAAAGACGCAAGGAAAAGGCGUACAACUUGAGCUGGCGCAAGAUCGAAAGCCGCACAAAGCCAGGAGUGUUCUACUGGGAGAAUUUUCACACAGGCCAGAGAUCAGUGGACGACCCGCGACGUCCGGUUUCUCCUUCCCCUGUGCGUGGUGGCAUGGGCAAAUGA